AUGGCGUCGGCUUUAAUGGCAUUUGUGCAAGGUCUUGGGACUGAAAAGCAAGAGAAGGAAGGCAAAGGGCAGCCAGCAGAAGUUGAUGAGGAUGAGGAAGAUAUGUUCGCUGACAGCGGUGACGAACAGGAAUCACCAAAGAAGUCCUCGACGCUGCUGGAAGUAGCCAAACAGGAAGCGGUGUCCUCAUUGAUGGGUGUAGCCAAGAGUCUGGAACUGGAAGCGCGUGAUGAUCGGCCGAAGCCUUCGCUGACAACUCUUGCCGCCGAAAUUAACCAAGAGGAGCACGAACGUCUGGCAACAAAGACCCAAACGAGCAAGGUUCAACGCGCUCUGGAUGCUGCAAGCUUCGAAGUCAGAGCUGAACGGACCGCGCAACGCAAAGAGCAGGUCAUGACUGGCUUGAAGGCUGCCGUAGCAGAACAGCAGCAGCAAUACGAGGACGAGGACUUUGAAGACGACGCUGCUAGUGUCCGUGCAGCGGCCGAAACUCUGGCUGCAAGUGUUACAAAGGCGAAGUCAGUCGUUCGAAGCCGCUCAAAGCCCUUGAAAGGUGCAACUUCAAGUGCGUCAAUAAGCAAACUCGAGUUGCAGCGGGCAAUGCAAGACAAACUGAGCACCUACCAGCUACAGCAACUGUCACUAACCCAGCGACGUCUUUUUCUCGCCUCAAUAGCCCAAGGAAGCACCAGCAAUACGAAAGCAAAGAAGCGUGUAGCUAACCGGGAAGCUUUGAAUGAACUUGCAAAGGACAAAUGUACUCGAGCUCGUCAGCAACGCAAAGCGCGCCAUGAGUUCGCGCGUUUAGAUGACAACCACAACUGUCGAUUCACUCCUCGUUUGCACAAUAGUAGUAUCAAGAAGACGACAACUAACGACUCGGACGAUGAAGACCGAGAAGACAAUAGAAAUGCUGCCAGUCGACGGAACGAAGACUUCGUACGACGUAUGGAGGCGUCAGAGCGAGCUCGUCGGGAACAACUCCGUCGAACGCGAGAAGAAGCGGCGUACUUGGCCCGUGUGGACAAGAAGGAAUGUCCUAGCUGCGGCAACCCUCAAUCGUACUCGGAACUGACCCAGAAGCGCAAGAAAUGUCCUAAUUGUGGUGUCACGUACAAGAGCCGAAUCGCUUGGAGCGAUGUUGCGAAGGAUUUCCUGACUCGUAUGGAGGAAUUCCAGCAGCAACGCAAGGACAGGCAGCUCGAGAAACAGGAGGAAUAUGAGCGUCAGGAGCUGCAAUAUUGUAAACCCGAAGACGACAACGAAGACACGAGGAAAACAUGGCAAGACAUUCGUGAUGAGUUCCUGGGACGUCUACAACUGGAUCUGGAGUACCGCGAGAUGUCUCGAGCGGCUAUUUGGGAGGAAAUCCAACGUGAAUGUUCCUUCUCACCGUCCAUUACGCGCAGAGCACAACAGUUAGAACUAGGAGACUUUGAGGCACGAUAUCGACGGGAUCUGGACGAGCGUCGCCUGCGACGUGAACAAAUUGCCGCCCGAACGGAUGCUGCUGCCAACAGAGAACGAGAAUCAGAGCGAGGCAAUGCGCCAGUGACAGCUACGAAUCGCUUUACUCUGUCCGCUCCAUUCCAAGAGCGACUACGACAGGAUAUCGCGAAGCGAAGGGCUCGUGAAAGGCAAUAG